CACACCUUUCCUUUCUGGGAUAAACAAACAGAUAAUAUCGGUUAGUAGUCUUUAGUUCUUUCUUUUCCUUGUCAAAUAUUCACGUUACUCUGUAAACUUGUUUAAUUUAUGUUUUAAUUCUAAACUUAUAAAGUGCUUGAAAUUCAUAUCGAUACAAUUUUGUUGCGAUCCAAAUCAUAUAACUAGUAUUUUAAAUCUUUUCGUUCACCUGAUUCUUAAAAACUAUUAAAUCAUGGUUUUUUAUUUCACAAGUGAUGUUGUUUCACCUCCCGCUUUGAUUUAUAUGGGACUAGAUAAAUUUGAAAACGAGUCGUUGAUAAAAUGGGGUUUUCCAGAGGAUGUAUGGUUUCAUGUUGACAAUUUAUCUUCAGCCCAUGUUUAUUUGAGAUUACCAAAAGGUCAGACCAUAGACUGUAUUCCAGAACCUUUAUUGCAAGAUUGCGCUCAACUUGUGAAGGCCAACAGCAUUAUUGGAAGUAAAAAGAAUAACAUUGAUGUCGUUUACACAGAAUGGUCAAAUUUGAAAAAGACAGGUGAUAUGGAAGUUGGACAAGUUGCUUUCCAUAAUGGCAAAAAUGUCAAGACAAUGAAAGUCGAGAAACGCAUUAAUGCCAUUGUAAAUAGACUUAAUAAAACGAAACAAGAAAAAUUCCCUGACUUUCAAUCAGAGCGGGAAGAAAGAGAUCGUUUGGAGAGAGCUGAACAGAAGGCUAAGCAACGGACUGAAAAAGAGAAAGAAAAGCAAGAGGCUUUGAAAAAAGAAGAAGAAGCUCAGUUAAGAAGUUAUUCAUCUCUCAUGCAAGGACCAAUGUGUUCAAAUCAAAAUCCAGAUGAUGGUGAAGACUCAGAUGACUUUAUGUAAUUAAACAUUGUUUGAAUAUUUUGAUCUUUCAAAAGUUAUUUGCUGUAAACAAAAUUUACUAAUUUUAAUAAAACCUUUUUACGCA